AUGGCAGAGUGCCCCUGCCAGGCCUACAACCAGAUGACCAUGGAGGACAAGAAGGGUUUGCUUGAGCGCUACAAGACUGAGGGUGGCUUGAAGAACCUUCAGUGGGUCAAUGAGUACUUUGAGACAGUGACUGACACCACUGAGCAGAAGGAUGUGGCUGAGAGCGGUUGGAUGACUCCAGGGCAAAUCUUUACUUUGAAUGGUUUCUCCUGGGAACAAACCGAAGGAAAGAAGAGAGACAAGAUGUUGGCAGCUCUUCUCAAGGAGUGCUGGGAUGAAUGUGGCAUUGACAAACCGGAUGAGUGUACCAAGGCGCAUGCUCUGCCUGAGCUUUCCAAGUACUGGUACAGCAAGCAGAAACAUGUCCAAGAGGACAAAAACAAAGUCGACCAGACCAUGAAGCUGGGCACCAACCUUGGCAUGGCCACCAUGCAAAAGGCGAUUGGCAAUUCAGCGUCCAGCAGUGAUCCCAAAGUGAAACUUGAGAACCCAAGCUGGGUGCAGCUGAACUCACAAUUGCAAAUUGCAGCUGCUCUGAAGGGCAGACUUGAAAAACAAGUCUUCGAAUGCACCGCCUGUCAAAAAGACUUGGAGGCCAGUGGCAAGCCAGAGUUCAAAGAGUUUUUGAAGAGUGUGUCAGAUGCUCUGGGCAAAGCCGAGGCAGCGCUGGCUUCCUUGAGGACCAACUUGGCUCAGGGAAAGGAUAUGUCGGUCUCCAGUGACAAGACAGACUGCUCCACUUUGAAGAAGGCCUUGGAGGGUGACACCAACAAUGGCUCCAUGCACUUGGAUGGCCUGAAAGCUUUGUGCAAGUUGGUUUAUUUGGCCCUAACCAUCCCUGUUCCUCAAGCUGAUGGCAGCUUGGCUCGCAGGAUCAAUUUGGCCUUUCGUAUCUUCAUUUGCUCGUGUGCAGGCCUGCUGGGCCGCUGCUGGAUUGAGAUCGGUGAGCGGGCCUCGUUCCUGCACUUGGAGAAGGUUAACAAGGAUCUCACCAAGGAGAAGGUCCUUCGAUAUACUGCAGAGCACGAAGUUGAGCGGGGCCCUUAUUCUUCGCACAGUGAUUCCAACGCAACGACACCCGUGAUGCCAUUGCCGGACGACCUCGCAUCACAGCUGACCAGCCACGCAAGCCGGCCCUUGAGCAGCAUCGUUUUCACUCCCGGAGCAAGUGGUCAUGAUGCGCCAGUGGGUAUGCAGCUCAAAGCGAUGAGAGCAGUAGCUGCAGAAGAGAAAUGGUUGAUCGAUUGGUCGGAGCUCUCCUUCGAAACCAAUCUGAUUGGAAAGGGAGGCUUUGCGCUUGUCAUGGAAGGGAAUUAUGGAGGUGCGAAGGUGGCUGUGAAGCUCCCGCAGCGAGAUCAACUUACCACGUCUGUGGAAGUGGUGGACUUUUGUGGGAAGGAGCUUCGCGUUUUGCGCCGUUUGAGACAUCCGUUUAUUGUGACCUUCUACGGUGCUUGCAUCGAAGAAACCAACCGGAUCGUGCUCAUCGUUGAGGAAUUUGUGGAUGGCUACAGCCUGUUUGAUGCAAUUCUCAACAGCAAGAUGGAGCUGUCAGAAGCAAAUCGUCGUAGCAUUUUGGAGAAUCUGGGAUUGAUUCCAGGAGUUGUCCUAGGCUUAGGCGGCACCAUACUCAAUUAUACAGACUGCCUGGAGCAAGUUGGCAACUGGAAGCUUUGCAGAGCUCUGGUCUACUUGCAUGAUCAGGGCCCCUCCAUCUUGCACGGCGACUUGUCGCCGAAGAACAUCCUAUUGAGAACUGCCAGUUUGGAUCCUGUGCUGGUGGACUUUGGCAUGAGUGUCUUACGGAGAUCCAAGCAGAGGAUGCUAGGAGGCUCUCCACAUUGGAUGGCUCCAGAGAUCCUCCGAUCGGUGGAAUCGGGCGGGCUGAAGCCAGACUGCAGCGUCGACGUCUUCUCCCUUGGCCGCAUUGCCUUUUUCAUCUCGACCGGUGUGGCGCCCUUCCAAUCUUUCGUGGUUGAGCAGCUGAUUGAAGCGGCAUCCAAAGCAAACUUUUCAGAGAUGCCAUGGCCAAUUGAGACCGUGCCUCGCAGAUGGAGAUGUAGGCAGUAA